GCACUCGAGCGUUUUGCUGGCGAAGCGCUGAUUUACUAGCGAGAGCCCCUCGCUCGCCGCACCUGCUCUGGCUGUCUGCGGUGGGAGUCAGCCGCAGAGCCGCCCCCGCGCUGCUGCUGCUCCUCCUGGGCUGGGAUUUGGGCUGAUCCAUCGCAGCCAGCAAUGCAAGCCAGGGCAUUGCACAGAUCUCCCCGGGUUGCCGCAUUUGGAAGAUUUAGGACGUCCUGGGCUCCGAGCAGCGCAGCGCUCUGGGCAGGUGAAGGAGGCCCCCAGACCGGCACCAUGACCGAGUGCUUCGACUGCGACAACUGCAAGGAGUCCCUGUACGGGCGCAAGUACAUCCAGAUGGACAACGGCCCGUACUGCAUCCCCUGCUACGACGCCCACUUCGCCAACACCUGCGACGAGUGCAAGGAGCUCAUCGGCCACGACUGCAGAGAGCUGUACUACGAGGAUCGCCACUACCACGAGCACUGCUUCCGCUGCUUCCGCUGCGACCGCUCGCUGGCCGACGAGCCCUUCACCUGCCAGGACGAGGAGCUGCUGUGCAACGACUGCUACUGCAGCGAGUUCUCCUCCAAGUGCAUCGCCUGCGAGAAGACGGUCAUGCCAGGGUCCCGCAAGCUGGAGUACAACGGACAAACCUGGCACGAGCACUGCUUCAUAUGCAGCAGCUGCCAGCAGCCCAUCGGGUCGCGGUCCUUCAUCCCAGACCAGAAGGAUUAUUACUGUGUCCCCUGCUACGAGAGCAAGUUUGCUCCUCGCUGCACUCGCUGCAAAAAGACCCUGACCAAGGGAGGGGUGACCUACCGGGACGAGCCGUGGCACAAGGAGUGCUUUGUCUGCACGGGCUGCAAGACCCCCCUGGCUGGCCAGCAGUUCACCUCCCAGGAUGACAACCCCUACUGCAUCAAGUGCUUUGGAAACCUCUAUGCCAAGAAGUGCAGUGCCUGCACAAAGCCCAUCACAGGCUUUGGUGGAGGUAAAUACGUCUCCUUCGAGGACCGUCACUGGCACCAUAAUUGCUUUAACUGCGCCCGCUGUAACACCUCGCUGGUCGGGAAGGGCUUUAUCCCUGACAAUGAUGAGAUCCUGUGCCGCGACUGCAGCAGCGACCUAUGAGCCUCUGACGACACCGUGGGGCAGGGGCUUUCUCUAUUCUUCAGGGUCUUUGUGCCAGAUCCCCCUGACAGCAUUUCAAGGGCCGGGCACGAGGCGUAGGAGAUGAGGGCUGCCCCCGAACCGCGGUGUGUUCAGGAGGUUCCUUGUGCCCCUCCCUGAAGGCUAGAGUAUGCUACGCUAAGGCUCUGUGCGGAGCCAAAGCUAAAUAAAGUCGAAAAAAAGGAGCUUUGAGAUCCCCCCAUUAUUUACUCUUUCCUUUUGCUUCCUGUCUGACCGGGCACGAGCUGAGCAAAGGGCGGCAGCAGCGGCUUCAGUGCUGGGCUGCUGGGUCUGCACGCUGGCAGCAUGCAUUCGCUCCCCUUGGCACAGCACCGAGCCUUCUCUUUUCCCCGGGUGCUCCCCUCGCUCUGCGUGCUGUAAGGCUGCAGCUCCCUGUCCACACAGCUUGGCCCUUCAGCCCGUGCCCCGGGUGGCUUUGCAGCACAGCCUUCCCCUCACCCCUGCACAGCCCAUGCAUGCAGGGCUCUCUGCCCUAUUUUGGGAGGUUUGGGGACAUCAAGACUGGAGCGUGGCCAGGAGCAGAGCAUGUCACCCGAUGAAAUCGACCUCCGGAUGUCCCUAGCCACCUCGCUGCCUGCAUGCCAGGCCCUUUUCUCAGCAUGGCUCAGUGGCAGAGUGCUCAAUUAGAAGCAGAAAGGGAGCUGGCAGUGCUCAUAGGUCUGGAGCGCUCUGUCCCAAGCCCCAGGGACCCUCAGGGCUCUGUCCCAGUGUCCCCAGCCUGUUCCUGCCAGUACUGAACAUCCGUGGUGUGCAUGGGGCUCCUGGCGAGGGGCUUUGUGUCUCCAAGGCCCUGCUUCGUCCUAACUGCAUACAACAGGACGCCCUGAGCUCACCCAAGGGCUUCUGCCAUCCUUGCCUGGUGCUGGGCUGGCCCUGGGCCCCCCCAGAGUCCCUCUGCAGGGGGGUGCUUGCGCCUGCCUUGUCUCCAUCCCCUCUGCUCUGUCCUGCUCGGGAUACUUGUCCCAGCCCUGCUUUCCUGCUUAGACCGCCACAUGCUUCUCUGAAGGCAUCUUCUUGUGUUUUUCUUUGUGUUUUUUUUUUUUUUCUCCUUUUGUACUCUUUUGUCAUGAAUAUCUGUCAUUUUGUAACCAGCUGCGGGAUGAAGGGGCUAGCCCCCCUGCCCAGGAUUCACGUAGGAGUAAAAAAAAAAGAAGUUAUGCAUGUUGAAGUGUUAUUAACUCUGCAUUCUGAUCCCCGUUGAACCCUCGUUUGAAAGCUUUGAUGCAGGCAAAUCAGAGUUUGUGUGUUUGCUACUUUGAGGUGCUUGGAGCAGUCUCUAGAAGGAAGUGUCCUCAACCUCAGCCUCCUGUACGUUUCCUACGGCUUUCUAUAAUAAACUGUUUUAGUGACA